AUGUCAUUCUUGAAUGUUUUCAAUAUUCUUCAGUUGGCCUAUGGGUCCUCAAAAGUAAUGAGUGACAUAUAUGAAAAGGCUUUCCUUGGCCAGAUAUUUCCAGAUAACAACCAACAGUAUAAGGGGAUUCUCCAGCUGCUGCUCUAUUUCCAGUGGACGUGGAUUGGAGUGAUUUUAAUUGAUGAUGACAGCGGGGAGAGAUUUGCACAAAUUCACAGUGAGGAAGUGCUGGGAUUCCAUCAGUUCCUUCAGCACAGGAAGCUCACAACUAAACAGGAUGAUGAUAUUUCCAAGGAUUUCUGGGAAGAGGCGUUUCAGUGUUCUUUCUCCAAUGCUACUGGAGAAACAAUGGCAGAAGAACUCUGCACUGGAGAGGAGAACCUGGAGCAUCUUCCUGGGUCGGUCUUUGAAAUGAGCAUGACCAGCCACAGCUACAGCAUCUAUAAUGCUGUCCAUGUACACCCUCUUUCUCUGUGCAAUGCCCAUUGCAAACCUGGUUACAGGCAGACAAAGAUUGAAGGGAAACCGUUUUGCUGCUACAGUUGCCAUCGAUGCCCAGAGGGGAAGAUUUCUCAUAUAAAGACUUUGGUGCUUCACCUCUUCAUUAAGCACCGGGAGACCCCUAUCGUCAAAGCCAACAACCAGAACCUCAGCUAUGUUCUCCUCACUUCCCUCUUGCUUUCAUUCCUUAGCACUUUGCUCUUCAUCGGACAACCCACAAAGCUUAUGUGCCUCCUUCGACAAACAGCUUUUGGCAUCAUCUUCUCUGUAGCCAUUUCUUCGGUUUUGGCCAAGACUGUCAUUGUGGUCCUGGCUUUCAUGGCCACCACACCAGGAGCUGGGAUGAGGAAAUGGUCUGGGAAGCACCUGGCCAGCUCCAUUGUCCUUUCCUGCUCCUUUACUCAAGCCUUGAUUUUCAGUGUGUGGUUGAUAACCGCUCCCCCCUUUCCAGAUGUUGACAUGCACUCACUGAUGGAAGAAAUUAUCCUGGAGUGUAAUGAAGGAUCAGUCACCCUGUUUUACAGUGCCCUGGGCUUUCUGGGCUUCCUCGCUACUAUCAGCUUCACAGUAGCCUUCCUGGCCAGGAACUUGCCUGACAGCUUCAAUGAGGCUAAGUUUAUCACCUUCAGCAUGUUGGUCUUCUGCAGUGUCUGGGUGUCCUUUCUUCCAACUUAUUUAAGCACAAAGGGCAAAUACAUGGUGGCCGUGGAGAUCUUUUCCAUCUUGGCCUCCAGUGCUGGCUUAUUGUUCUGUAUCUUUUCCCCCAAAAUUUAUAUUCUUUUACUGAGGCCUGAGCUGAACAGCAAAAAGCACCUAAGGAGAAAAUAA